GGACGUCCCGUGUGUCUGUGUGUCCUGUAUGAAGGCUUUAUAACGUUUUAAACAUUCCUGUUGUUUGUGUAGAACUUAAUAAAGCAGUCAGGAGUCACUGCAGAGAUUUCUGUCCCACUCCCGAGCCGCUUCAGAGCGGAAGAUGGCGGUCGGGAUGCUGCUGACCGAGGCUGGAUUGUGAGGCCGUAUCCCAAACGGCUCUGUAUCGGACGCUUAAGUGUACUACGUUUAGCGCGAUUGUGAUUGUAUCACUCCCUACUUAGGGGAACUCCAGAGGGCGUCAGGGAGGCGUUUGGGAUGCAGCCCAUCAGCGGGUCUUCCUAGCCAGAUAGCUAGGCUGAAGAAAACGGAGCAAUUAUGUUGGAGUUUUGAUGAGUUGUUCCUCGGGAAUGUUGGGGAUGGUUUUAAAAGGGUUUUUAACAGUUUUUUUUGUCUUCCGACGUUGUUUUUGUGCUCCCGGAGACUCCGUGGAGACUUUUCUUUGCGUUAUUCUUCAUCUUCACUUUAGGGCUAGUUGUGUACAGGGUCACUGAGGCACACAAAAGUGCAAUAAAAUGUCGGAUACGAAGGUAAAAGUCGCUGUCAGAGUCCGGCCCAUGAACCGCAGGGAGAUCGAGCUGAGCACCAAGUGUGUGUUGGACAUGGAGGAGAAUCAGACCAUCCUUCACCCUCCACCUUCCAACACCAAGGGAGAGAACAGCAGGAAACAGUCCAAGGUGUUCGCCUUCGACCACUGUUUCUGGUCCAUGGAUGAGUCCAACAUUCCCAAAUAUGCGGGUCAGGAGGUGGUCUUCAGGUGUUUGGGUGAGGGGAUCCUGGAGAACGCCUUUCAGGGAUACAACGCCUGCAUAUUUGCCUACGGACAAACAGGCUCAGGGAAGUCAUACUCCAUGAUGGGGAGUGUUGAUCAGCCUGGUUUAAUCCCGCGUCUUUGCUGCUCUCUUUUUGAGAGAGUCUCCCGGGAGCAGAACGACUCACACAGCUUUAAAGUGGAAGUUUCCUACAUGGAGAUCUACAAUGAGAAAGUCAGAGACCUCCUGGACCCCAAAGGGAGUCGUCAGUCACUGAAGGUGAGGGAACACAAGGUUCUGGGUCCAUAUGUAGACGGUUUGUCUCAGCUGGCUGUAACAAGCUUUCAGGAUAUUGAGUGUGUGAUGUCAGAAGGUAAUAAGUCUCGAACAGUCGCCGCUACGAACAUGAACGAGGAGAGCAGCCGAUCUCACGCUGUCUUCAGCAUCAUCAUCACACAGACACUAUAUGACCUGCAGUCUGGGAACUCAGGUGAGAAGGUGAGUAAGGUGAGUCUGGUGGAUCUGGCUGGCAGUGAGCGUGUUUCUAAAACCGGUGCAGCGGGUGAGAGGCUGAAGGAGGGCAGCAACAUCAACAGAUCUCUGACCACUCUGGGUUGUGUGAUCUCGGCUCUGGCGGAUCAGUCAGCAGGAAAAGGCAGUAAAACCAAGUUUGUCCCGUACAGAGACUCGGUCCUCACGUGGCUGCUGAAGGAUAAUUUGGGUGGAAAUAGUAAGACGGCGAUGAUCGCCACGGUGAGUCCUGCGGCGGAUAAUUACGAGGAGACGCUGUCCACGCUGCGCUACGCCGACCGCGCCAAGAGGAUCGUCAAUCACGCCGUGGUCAACGAGGACCCCAACGCUCGCAUCAUCAGGGAACUGAGAGAGGAAGUGGAGAAGCUGAGGGUGCAGCUCUCCCAGGCCGAGUCUCUGAAAGCCCCUGAGCUACAGGAGAAGCUGCAGGAGUCUGAGAAACUCAUCCAAGAAAUGACCAUCACCUGGGAGGAGAAACUUAGGAAGACUGAGGAAAUUGCACAGGAGAGACAGAAGCAGCUGGAGAGUAUGGGGAUCUCUCUGGAGUCGUCAGGGAUUAAGGUUGGAGAGGAUAAAUGUUUCCUGGUCAAUCUGAACGCCGACCCCGCCCUCAACGAGCUGCUGGUGUAUUAUCUAAAGGACCACACACGUGUUGGUGCAGACACGUCUCAAGACAUCCAGCUGUUUGGUAUCGGGAUUCAGCCAGAGCACUGCGUCAUCGAUAUCGCUGCAGACGGCGAUGUCACACUCUGUCCUGUAGAGAACGCCAGAACCUGUGUGAAUGGGGCUGUAGUUUACUCCACAGCUCAGCUCUGGCACGGAGAUCGCAUCUUAUGGGGCAAUAAUCACUUUUUCAGAGCGAACCUGCCGAAGCGUAAGCGUCGUGACCGUUUGAAGGAUUUGGAGUGCGAGUCUCCUCGCUCGAGUUUUGUCGACGCGGACAUGGAGACGGCGAGCGAAGCCUCGUCUGAGCAGGACUACAACUACGAGUUCGCUCAGAUGGAGGUCAUGAUGAAAACGUUGGGGAGUAACGAUCCGAUCCAGAACGUGGUUCAGGUGUUGGAGAAGCAGUAUCUGGAGGAGAAGCGCUCGGCGUUAGAGGAGCAGCGUCUGCGUUAUGAGCGAGAGCUCGACCUUCUCCGUCAGCAGCUUUCUCCCGAAAGAUCCUCCCAACACCACCAACGCAGCAACAGUGACCGCCUCACCUUCCCCACACACACCACACACACUAAGAUGCGCCUGUGGACAGACGAGAGGGACGAGCUUUUCCGGCAGAGUUUGUCUCGACUGCGAGAGCAGGUGGUUCGUGCUAACACCCUUGUGCGAGAGGCUAACUUCCUGUCAGAGGAGAUGGUCAAACACACCGACUACCAGGUGACGCUGCAGAUCCCCGCCUCGCACCUGAGCGCCAAUCGCAAGCGAGGAACGAUCGUGAGCGAGCCGGCAAUACAGGUGCGACGCAAAGGUAAAGGCACACAGGUGUGGACCAUCGAGAGGCUGGAGAACAAACUGGUGGACAUGAGGGACCAGUACAGGGAGUGGAAGGAAGGAGGACAGGACACGCCUGCUAAACCCCACAGCAAGCAGGCCGACCCGUUCUAUGAAGCUCAGGAGAACCACAAUCUGAUCGGCGUAGCCAACGUUUUUCUGGAGUGCCUCUUUCACGAUGUCAAGCUUCAGUACGCAGUUCCUAUCAUCAGCCAGCAGGGGGAGGUGGCGGGCCGGCUACACGUAGAGCUGAUGAGAGUGUGCGGGGCGGUGCCCGAGCGGCUGGUGGGCGGAGACGACUCGUCUGAGAACUCGAGUGAGAGCAGCAGCUAUGAGGUGAUGGACACCAAUGGAGAGCUCGUCCACAUGGCCAAGAAACUCACCUGCAGGGUCCGGAUCCGUAAAGCGACUGGUUUGCCACUCAACCUGUCCAACUUUGUGUUCUGUCAGUACACAUUCUGGGAGCAGGCGGAGCCUGCAGUGGCCCCGCCCAUGGUCAGCCCAGACACACCCACUUCUCAUUCUGCGGAUGCACAGUUUACUGUAUUGUUUGAUCAUUGCAAGGACUACAUGGUUCAUGUCUCUGAUGAGUUUGUGGAGUUUCUCUCAGAUGGCGCUUUGGCCAUCGAGGUCUGGGGUCAUCGCUGCGCCGGGACCGGCCACUCUCACUGGGAACUUAACACACUACAGGCCAAAACACGCACACUCCGGGACAGGUGGAGCGAGGUGUCACGCAGAAUCGAGUUGUGGGUGUCCAUACAGGAGCUGAAUGAACAGGGUGUGUACUCAGCUGUGGAGCUUCACCCUAACAGAGACAUCAGCACAGGUGGAGUGUUCCAGCUACGACAGGGUCACUCCCGUAGGCUGCAGGUGUGUGUGAAGCCGGUGCAGCACUCUGGGACGUUGCCGCUGUUAGUGGAAGCUCUUCUGUCUGUCUCUAUUGGCUGUGUGUCUGCUCGAUCCGCUAAACUCCAGAGAGCCCUCGACAGCUACCAGAGGGAGGAGGAUGACGAUAUGGAUAGUUAUCAGGAAGAGGAUCUGAACUGUGUACGUGAGCGCUGGUCUGAGGCGCUCAUCAAACGCCGCGAGUAUCUGGAUGAGCAAUUAAAAAAGAUCAUGAACAAAUCAGAGAAGUCUGAGGAGGAUGUGGAGAGGGAGGCACGAUUAGUGGAGCAGUGGGUGGGGCUAACUGAGGAGCGAAACACUGUAUUAGUCCCAGCACCUGGCAGUGGCAUCCCUGGGGCUCCUGCUCAGUGGGCGCCCCCUUCAGGCAUGGAGGCUCACAUCCCUGUUCUGUUUCUGGACUUGAAUGCUGAUAAUCUGACCGCGAGUGAGCAGCUGACUGGGUCACACGCCGCCGGGCUCAACUCCAUCCUCCCUAAAGAACACGGCAGCCAGUUUUUCUACCUUCCCAUCAUUAAACGCAGCGAUGAGGAGGUGUGUGUGACAUGCUCUUGGGAUUCAUCCAUCCAUGACUCCAUCUACCUGAACCGUGUGACGGCUCCCAGCGAGCGCAUUUACAUGAUCAUCAAAGCCACAGUGCAGCUCAGUCACCCGGCCAGCAUGGAGCUCGUCCUGCGUAAGAGGAUCGCCGUCAACAUCUACAACAAACAGAGCUUCACACAGAGUCUGAAGAGGAGAAUGUCUCUGAAAAACAUGCUGCAUUCCUGUGGAGUUAUGUAUGAAAUCGUCUCUAACAUACCAAAGGCAUCUGAGGAGCCAGAGGAGAGGGAGACGCUAGCAUUAAUGGCGGCACGCAGUGACGCAGAGGAGUCACAGGAUGGUGAGACGUACAUCGAGAAAUACACUAGAGGAGUUCUGGAGGUGGCCAAUAUCCUGUGCCUUGAGAGACUGCGACAGGCAGUGACGGUGAAAGAAGCGCUCUCAGUUAAAAGCAGACACAUACGGAGAAGCCUGAGCACUCCCAACGUCCAGCACACCUCAUGCUGUAAGUCAGAUGCGACGGCCUGUGACGAAGAAGGCGAAGUCCCGAAAGCUCACUGCGAGGUUCCGCAGGACGCCUCAGACUGCUCUCAUCGCGAGAUGGGGGUCUCCAUGGCAACCACAAAAGACACACCUAUCAAAACCAAGGAGAAUCACGUUCCAGAGAGUCCAACAUUCUUCAACUCGAGUACGUUUAAAGCGCUUUCACCUCAACCGCCCAAGUUCCUCAAAUCACUGAUGCCUGUUCGAGAGGAGAGCAAAGCCAAGCGUGUGCUAGAGGCUCGGCCUCUGCUAGGGCAGGAGAGCAUGCGCUGGCUAAUGGCUCGAGGUGGCCCCUGGCUCCGCCCACGGGCUCGGAGUGAGGGCCACUGCAGCACGACAAACCACACCCACCUCAGAGUCACACCUACACACCCUGCUGAUUCGGAAGAGGAGGAGUCCGAGCUGGAGCGCUGCACCGUUCCCACCUCGGUUUCUCUUCGGCAUUUCCGAACCUAUGUCCCUGAGGACUUUGCCAACUUCGAGGUGUACAAUGCCAGCCUGUGUGGGGGCAGAGACUUGACCCCGGGCAUGGACUCUUUACCUGGAAACAGAGGGGUGGAGAAAGAAGGGUCUCGCAGUCCCACAGCAAGCAGCUGCACCAGCGGAUAUUUCUCCCACAGCACCUCCAACGCUACGCUCUCGGACAUGCCGUUCUCAGGCAGCGAGAGUUCAGAUCGUCUCAGCGUCGGCUCCAGAGACGCCACCGAGCUCCAGGAGCAUGCGAGAAACUCCCUGACUCUUAAAAGUGCCUUAAACGAGGCUGCUCACAACCACAACUCGUCUUCUCACUCAAACACCAGUCAGGAAUUCACAGACUUUAAAGGUGCCGGGGACGAAUUUGUAGAGGACGAACUGAAGCACUUUGACUGGCACACGGAGACGAAACGUGCCGAGAUUUCCCACAAACAUUCAGCGCACAUGAGCACUAACGUUCUAGAGGCCACCUCCACAACGCCACCUCAAUGCCACCUCCACAACGGCAGCGAGGGUCCGUCCUCGACCUCAUCCUCACCCGGCACACCCCCUCACCCCACUGCAGCAGACGACAUGGCAUGCAGAAACGGUGCCAGGAUUAGCCCCGCCCCCUCGAGCGAGGACGAGGAGAUCACGCCGGUGGCCCAGCUGCCUGACUGGAUGGCACCAGGAGAGCAGGUGUGGGUGGGCACGAGGAGUGGCACAGUGCACUACGUGGGCGGAGUCGAAUUUGCCCAGGGCAUCUGGGUAGGAGUGGAGCUGGACUGUGCUGUAGGUAAACACAACGGCACGGUGCAGGGUCGAGUGUAUUUCCGUUGCGCUACAGGUCACGGGGUGUUUGUGCGUCCGGCGUGGCUCAGUAAAUCACCUGUCUCGGUCGACGCCGACCCACAACUCCAACCCGUACUGCUGUAGGGAAGACACGCCCACUUAUUAUGGGAUGGUUUGGAUUCAUUCUUCUUCUUCAUAAAAACACGCAGCGCUGAAUUUGUCUGUAAUAAAAGAGCUUCCUUCAUAGACUACACAGACUUUAUCAUAACAGUAUAGUGUGUUAAGUAUCACAGCAUAACACAACUCAUUAUGGGCACAUAUUUACCGUAGACGUCCUUUAUGUCCCUGUGUAUAUUUUUAAACUAUACGACUAUUUAAAAAAAAAAAAAAAUAGACCCCACUUUGAAUGUCGAAUGCACUGUUGCACAAAUUCUCCCUCACGAUAUCGAACUUAACGUCAAACCCGCUUCUGUCUUAUGCCUUAUUUUGCCACUUUGACUGAACACAGCUGAGUGACGAUGGAGAAUUAGGUGGAGUUCAGAAAGUACUACUGUUUAUUCACAUGAUUAUAUCAGGUGUUACCAAAGAUGCUUCCAAUGUGCUGUUUAAAACUGAAACCUCUUGUGUUCUUAUCGUGUGUGUGUGUGUGUGUGUGUGUGUGUGUGGUAGACACGUGCCAACGUUAUUGUCGUAUAUUCGUUAACAUAUUAUAUAUGUUCAGCUUUUCUCCCUAGAUGAUUUUUACAGAUUGUCUGAGCACAAGCGUUAAUAUUUUUAUAUAAUACAGUUUGAACGAACACUUUGCAGUGUUUAUGAAGCCUGUUUGUUAUUCAGGCUUUCGGCGUUAAGUCGUGUAGCUGGAGGACGUCUGCAGUAAAACUGACACAGGGGGGGGGGCUUGUCUGAGAUUAUAAGUGCUUGGUGGAAGGGGCGUGGCCACACGUUAGUAGGUCACAUGACCGUACCAGCUCUGUAUGUUAUCUCUCUAUCUCUCUGCUAGAAACCCCAGUCACUACCCGGACACGUCACUGUAUGACCCUGUAGUACUUCUGAUCGGAGCCCCUCAGGGGAGAUUUCUCACUAUCAUGUGUAAUGUAUUGCGUUUAGUGUUACUUCUGCAUCUACACACAGGCCAUCUUGAAAUGUCGUUAGUGAUUGAAAAUAAAUGAUUGGCACUUGUCUAGUGUGUGUGUGUGUGUGUGUGUGUGUGUGUGUGUGUGUGUGUGUGUGUGUGUGUGUGUGUGUGUGGACUGAUUUUCACUUAAGUGCCAUAUCUUUGGUUUCAGCGCCUCACAUUUUUCUGAUUGUAGUUAGUUAGUAACAGGAAGUUUCCUUGUUUUCUUACUGGAUUUUUUUAGUACUGUAUCUGUGUAAAGAACUUUGUUUGGGGAAUGUGGCCUGAACGCUUGCACUGGAUGGGAGAAGUGUCCCGGAUGCACAAAGCCUCCAGAGAGGUUUGAUACUGAGAGAGCUACAACUCUGAUGGUUCCUGCUUCGUUGUGGACGCAACAAGGACACGUCGCUGAUGCUCUUGGACUCGUCAGUCUCUUUUAACUGCGGCAGAUUUUCAGAUUGUUUGUUUGUUUGUUUGUUUGUGUGCUGUUUUUUUUUUGACUAAUGAGUAACAUUUUCUUACUUUGUAACAGCAUGUGCUGAAAAGCAUUUUUAUAAUCCAUCACGUUACUUGCUUAGUUUCUUUAUCACUGUUUUGCGUUAUAUCGCGAUGUAACACGUGACAGUCUGCUCAUAAAGGACACAUUACGAAGCUGCCUUUGUAAAACAAGCUGAUGUAAUGACGCUCGCAAUAACAACACUGUGUGUUAAUAUAUCACGAUCAGAUCGUAUAACUGAUAAUCAGCACAUGCCUUAUUCUUUUUAUACUCAUGCAACUAAAUGAAUAUAUUUUUAAGGUGUCAGGAUGAGGAGAGACGGACACGCACUGGCCCCGUGGCUCGAAGUGUGCGGUUAAAGACUAUAUUUAACUGAAAGAACUGUCAUGGAAAUGUGUUUUAAUGCUGUAACUGUGUGGAUGAAACAAACCCAAGCCCUUACUCUGGAAGACAAGCUGCUCUCCUUUCUGAGGACUUGUACAUAGAGCUGUAUUUGAACCUGUGUAAUGUACAGAACUGUAUUUAUAUUGUAUCAAGAAAGAAAUGGGUACAAAGAUCUUCUAGAAUACAGAAAGUUUACAGUGUAAA